UUGUGGCUAAUUUCUGUACGAACUUUCCGUCAGUCAUUUUGUUUGGUGGCUGAAUUUUUGCGGUCGACAAUAUCGUUAAAAAUCUUUGUCAUCAGGAGUUAAUUUUUAAAGUGACACUAUGAGUUCUGGCAUGCCUGAGUUGGGCUCCAAAAUAAGCCUAAUAUCGAAAGCUGACAUCCGUUAUGAAGGCAGACUUUUCACCGUCGAUCCUCAGGAAUGUACCAUCGCUUUGGCUAGCGUGCGAUCUUUCGGUACUGAGGAUCGCGAAACACAGUAUCCAGUAGCUCCGCAAACGCAGGUGUACGACUAUAUAUUGUUUCGUGGGUCUGACAUCAAGGACAUUCGGGUAUUGAACAAUGUCCCGUCUCUGCCGAACGACCCCGCGAUCAUGCAGAUGUCGGUGCCGCCGACGCUGGGUGGAGGCACAGCGCCGGCCCAGUUUGGAGGGCAGUACAACCACCCGGUGGUGGGCCAAACGCAAUACCAACAAUACCACCCGAUGGCUGGCUUCCCAGGUGGCGUGCACCCAACACUCAAUAAGACCAGUGAGUUGCAAAUGGUGGAGCUGGCCCAACAGCCCCAGCCAGCAAAUGCUCCUAUCGGUUCAGGAGUGGUACACCAUGUCAACCAAGUGAAAGACCAAGGUUCAAUGUUAGAUCUUAUUGGAGGUGGGUCGCAACAGAACGCGUCGAGAUCGGGUACCCCGGCUGUCGGCCAUAGGAAGAGCCCUACAGCGGACCAAGGCACCCAGCAGGUGGGUUCGGUCGCGAGUGGGUCAGGGCAGCAACGCGACAGCCGGCGAGGCAGCGCGGGCGCAGGCGCGGCCGGCGCCGGCGGCAAGCCGCGCAACCGCACCAACUCGCGCAACCGCCAACGCUACCCCAGUGGCGGGCCGGCACAGGCGCCGCAGCACCCGCACCCUCAGCACCAACCGCAGCACCCGCAUCAGCAACAGCACCCGCAGCAACAGCACCAUCAGCAGCAGCACCAUCAGCCGCAGCACCAUCAGCAGCAGCACCAUCAGCAACAGCACCAUCAGCAGCAGCAGCAACAUCACCAGCAGCAGCACCAUCAACCUGACUCGGCAGGGCAAUUCGGGCGCGGUGGCUGGCGGGGCCGUGGACGCGGACGCGGACGCGGCUUCGUGCCUCGCGGAAGCAAGAACACGCUCAAGUUCGACAAUGACUACGAUUUCGAGCAAGCUAAUACCGAAUUCGAGGAGCUGCGUAGCCAACUUGCGAAGACCAAGAUCUCUGAUGGCGAGAAGGUUGAGGGCGAAGUAGACAAGAAAGACGACUCUGGCAAUGAGACGGGUGCCGGAGAGGCGGAGCUCGAGGAGGACGGUUUCUCAGGGUAUGACAAGAACAAGAGCUUCUUUGACAACAUCUCGUGCGAGGCUGUUGAGAGGUCGAAAGGGCGGUCGCAGCGGACGGACUGGCGGACGGAGCGCAAGCUGAACUCGGAGACGUUCGGCGUGGCCAUGGCACGGCGCGGUGCGUGGCGUGGACGCCCCAACUGGCGCCACAACCUCCACAACCCCCACAACCCCCACUCCCAACACCAGCCUAUGAACUACUUCCCCAGCUGGCGAGGGAUGCGCGGGGGAGGGCGCGGACGCGCGGGGCCGCAGCCGCUGCAGCAGCCUAGGCACUCGCAGCCGCGGGCGCAGCCGCAGCCCAACAUGCCGCAGCACUCGCAGUCGCAGCCCGCCACUGCUACUGCGAAGUAGGAGGAGCUGUAACACGGAGACCAUGUUGAAUCUUAACUUAUUAUCGCGAGGACUAAUCACAAAUGGAAAAGUAACG